AAUCUGCUGCCUUUGCAUAUUUGGCAAUCGCUUUUUUUUCGAGUCAACGUUUACCAAACGGUUUAUUCAGGAAUGGCUACCGUCGGCAUGGGACGUGAGUUGCAAGUUUUGCAACGGCUCAAAUGGAACACAGUUUGUGAAAGUUGAAAAAGUUCCUCGAAAAAAUGGACGUCACGUAAUGCUGGCCAAUGGCGACUUGCACGUUUUGUCUGCACGCCAAGGCGACGAGAAUCAUUUGUAUCAUUGUCGAGUUCUCGUCCAGCCCAACGGGCAAACAAUGACCAGUUCCACUGCUAGACGAAUCAUCCUCAGUCAAGAAACCAUGACAAAGAUGGCACCAGUCAUUGUAGAAAGUGUGAAUCGAAUUCGAGUUUGGCGUGGACAAGAUGCCGUUUUACCUUGUGUUUUUCACGGAUAUCCUCCGCCUAAAAUCAAAUGGUGCAAAAGUCAAACGAUUCAGUGUGGCAAUCUGUUGUUGCCACUGGUGGCAUCAGCUGCCACGCAAGAGCAUCGUGGUGGAGUGCUGGGACAUGGGCGUCAUCGCCUCGUUGGUGGCACUUUACUCAUCGCUUCCGUCGUCGCCGAAGAUCAGGGCCGUUACAUUUUUUCCGUCAACAAUUCCAUGGGAUUAGUCGAAUCACGUACCGAACUCGUUUUUCGUGACAAAUUACAAGUCAGAAUCGUCGAACGUCGUCGUCGUCGCCGCCGCCGCAUCGGCUGCCCAGCAAUUCAAGUCGUCGAUGCAGAGACGUCCGUCACCAUCACGUGUCAUUUCUCCGGUAGUCCCAGGCCGGUUGUCAGUUGGCUCAAAGAUGGCCAGCGCUACUUGGUGGGCAAUAGUGGGCGUGUCUCUUCUUCAUCCGGCGACGACGGCUACACCGAUAUGGUCCAGUUAUCCAUUUCGUCCGUCCAACGUGAAGAUGAGGGAAUAUACCAAUGCCUGGCAUCCAAUGACGAAGGAGAUUGGGCCCAAGCAUCGGCCCAGCUGGCCAUUGGAGCAUUUCCUCCUCAUUUGAAAGAAACGUUCAGUCGGCAAGUUGUACAUCCGGGAAGUUCAGUCUCGUUGAAAUGUUUGGCCUCUGGCACUCCGCUGCCUCAUUUCACUUGGACGCUGGACGGGUUUCCGUUAUCGCCCGUUUCCGAACGAUAUUUCCUCGGCCAGCAGCAACAAACGGGUCACGACGAUCUUGUAGUGGCUCAUCUCAACAUAACCCACGUCCGAGUCGAAGACGGAGGCAAUUACAAAGCGUUUGUGGCGUUUGUGCGAACAGUGUGUAGCGGAGAAUCGAGUGGGUCGCGUAGAGCAUUCAGCCAAUUUGCAUAUUUACUUCAAUUCAAUGGCAGUUUGACGAUCGAUCCGUUGGAUAAGAGCAGCGACGCCGGUCUUUAUAGUUGCGAGGUGCGUGGCCAGAACGGACUCUCGGCUCGCCAGUCACUUCAACUCAACAUCCUCGGAAAUGAAGCCAUUGUGCAUAUUGCAUCAACCAAGGGCGAAAUGUUACCACAUAUAGGCCAAUGUUACAACGGACACAUGAAGUCUGUAUGUUGGUACAGUUUAUCAACAGGCAUAAGAGCAUGUUCGGGCAAUAAUUGUCGGAUAGUUUAGGUAGAUUCUUUGCUGCGUCAUAGCUCGGGAGUCGUAGCGGGCAAAUCCUUGUGCAUUAAGUUGGUGAACUCUUGUGUUCCAUUGGGUAAUGCUAUCAAAUCUUAAUGUGCUAUUUGUGAAAGAUUUUAUUAUUCUGUAUGUUUUAAAGGAAAAUAUUUCAAAUUGAUUUAUUUGCA